AUGAUCGUCCUGGCCGAGAAGUUCUGGAGCGGGCAAAUACGCUUUCUCAACGAUGCGGUCAGCAGCUUACCAGUCCCGCGGAUAAACGAUGUGAAGGCCGCAUACGGAAGCUAUCUUGAUGCCUUCCUACGGGUCGUUAGUAGCUCUAAGCCCGUUGAAACACUCGAGCUUCGGCUUCCGCCCUUGUGGAAUGAAACGCCUCGCGGAUUGUCGAGCUCGCUUAUGCAGCCGCCAGCGGUGCAUACUCUCCACAAUAUCACGCUCAACUCUCGACCGUGGGAAGAGUUUUCGCUUGAGAUAGCAUCAGUGAGGCAAGAGGAAGAGCCGGAGCCCAUUACGAACCUCAUCUUUUUGGAUGACGAGGUCUUCUCCAACUUCGGAGAGGUAAUCGACACCACUGAUGCGUCAUGA